CUUUUCGCAACAGUCAAAGGGCAGCGCAUCUCCAGUGGUCUUGAUUGGGACACGACAAUGGCUCUGACCUCGCUGCCUAGAGAGCUCUUGAGUGAGAUAGCCUCUCACCUGUCGAAUUCCGACAUUGGAGAAUGGCGACUCGCUUGCAAGCGGUUCUCCCUCGUUGCGCUACAUAUCGACAGAGUCUUCAUCAGCGCCAACCCAAAGGACAUUGAGGUAUUCCGAGCCAUCGCGGACCACGAGACACAGAGAUGCAUGGUGAAAGAGAUCGUCUGGGACGAAGGGCGAUUCGAAGAGGACCCCAGGAGCACUUGGUGUUGUCACGACUGGGCGCGGCACAGGCAAUCCCCAGACACACCGCCAAAAGGCUAUGCGAGGGCUUGCAAGAGGAACUUGGAUGAGAUUCAUCGAAGGCGUUGUGAAUAUGAUGCUGACUUACCGCAUCAUCUCGACAAACAAGCGCGGAUGGAAAAAGCCAUGGCGGUUCAGGAAUCCUGGCGGCACUACCGUGGAUAUCUGGCGCAGCAGAACGUGGUCUUGGCUGAUGAUCUGGAUAUCAAGGCGUUUGAGUACGGUCUGGAGCGCUUCACGACACUCCGACGAAUCACCCUGACCCCUGCGGCACAUGGCUUCACCUUCAUGCCGCUAUACCGUACCCCGACGAUUCGAACGCUUGCCGCCAAGACCAAAGACAACAAGUAUAUGAACUACAAGCUUCCACGCGGCUGGCCCACCUCGGUGGACGACGCCCCUCUGGAGGCUCGGAACUGGAACACCGAAGCUGACAAGGAGCCGUGGCGCGGGUUCAUCAAUGCGACUCGGCUUCUCGCGGAGAACCAGGGGCCGUCUGUGACCGAGCUUGUCCUCGAUGUCCGCCAGCUGCUGACGGGUCUUACCUGUCGCUUCUUCGACAAUCCCUGCCCAGAGUUCGACCAUCUCGUUGCCGUGCUUCGAAGACCCGGGUUCCGCCGGCUUGACCUCGCGCUCAUGGUCGGUGGACAAGAAUACGAUGGCUGGAAAUCACUGCGGAACGGGCGCCUGCGGCUUGCGCUCGAAGAGGUGUCCAGUAACCUGGAGCACAUUCACUUCGGGACAGACGUGCGAAAUGAUCCGGACUGGAGAGGCCAGAACCUCAGCGGCGGCCAUCCGGAGCAUUUCAUUCCGCUCGGCAACCUCCUCCCGUUACGACGGUGGCCGAGGUUGCGACAUUUUGGGUUAUCCAAGUUGCUUGUGAGGCAGGAUGACUUGUUGUCUCUUCUUGCCAAGAUCCCCAAGACAGUCCGGACGAUUGAACUGAGCUUCCUCUACUUCCUGGACGGAGGUGGUAGCUACAGAGGCCUGCUGGAAGACAUGAGGAGCACUCUGGGCUGGCACACCCUGGACGUAGCAGAGCGUCCCAAGGUGGUGAUCAAGUUAGACAUGCAUAGGGAAGGGUUCAAUCUCUAUGGAAGAGCCCUUUGGCUGGACAAGGAGCUUGACCACUUCCUAUACGGUGGUGGGAAGAACCCCUUCGGGCACGGAGACGAUGAAUGGUCGUCGAACUCGGUGUUUGCAGGGGAAGGGGGGGGUACCGAGAGGGAUGAGUUUGAUCCGGCACAUGAACGUCCUCACGCGGAACAUCCCGAGCUUGUGCGCCUGGGAAUCCAUAAGAGAAGAUAUGGCCGGCAAUACUGA